GGUAAAUCAUGUUUUAUUAACAAUUCCCAAAUUAUUUCCCAGAUUUUUCCGGGUAAACAGCACCUCAAACAUUAAGUAAAUUACCGAUUACUCGUAAACAUUUAGGACUUUUACUUUGAAAUAUCUCCCAAUUGGGACCGUAGAUUUGUCUGAUUCCCAGGAUAAUGGAAGUCUGGAUUGUCCUGAACACAGCUGCAUCAGUCAAUGCCGGGUCUUAUGAGGAAAACAUAUUUAAAGCACUUCAAACAUGAAAGAAAUGACCGAUUUCUUUAAACAUUUAGGACUUUUAAUUUGAAAUAUCUCCCAAUUGGGACCGUAGAUAUGUCUGAUUCCCAGGAUAAUGGAAGUCAGGACUGUCUUGAACACAGCUGCAUCAUUCAUUUCCUGGAACUGUUGGGGAAAUCUAUAUACAAGAAUUUUUUAACAUACAAAAGUCUGAGUUUUAUUUUUAUAAACUCUUCCUUGGUACAGUAAAACGUUUUAAUGUUAGCAUAAUUUAAGCUAAAUCUCAGAAACGAUCUAUAAAGAUUCAAAAUCAGUUAAUUUUUUACUUGUAUAUGCUAGUGUAUGAUUUGUCGACAUCUUAUUUUGAAAAACGGAUGUUGUUUCACGUAGUUCUUUCCGCUAACUUCGUAAAACCGGAUGUUGUAUCACGUGAAUCCUGCCGCUAACUUUAUCAAAACCCUUGCGCGCUCCCGAUCGAAUGCGUUUACCGUCAACAUCAGUCUAUAGGUGCACAGAAAUUUAAGUGUCGGCUCAGUUGACCAAGGAGAUCCGAGUGUCGGCUGAGUUGACCGCAGUCAAUUAACCCAACAGGUUUCGUAGAUGAAAGAACCCCCUCGAAAUUUUUUUUUGUAUUUCUCUCCAGACACCUGUCAUCAAUCUGUCGACAGACUUUUGAAUCCAAACAUUGUUGCACUUUAAAGCCCACCACGUCUACAAAUAUGAGACUCUCCAAUAAACGCACAAACUGCUUUCCUCCAAAUAUGACAACAAUGCAACACGUCGUGGUCCAGAGCGCGCUCCUCCCCGCGGGGGACUGCUUCGACAUGUGGCACGACUACAUGAACCUGGCCACACUGCUGGAGAGGCUGUGCGACACUCGCAAGAGAGCCCACGGAGACACCGAGGACCCAAAGAAAGCAGCAGCAGCAGCACCGUGGAGACUCAUCCAACCCACUCGGCGGAAGAGCUGCCACAACUCCACGGAGACGAGUUCCGUCAGCAGCCUCUCCGGCCUCUCAGACACCAGCUCCAACGGGACGUCCUCGGGCUACUGUGGCUUCUGUAAGCAGAACGGGGAAUCUGCAAGGGUGUACCGGUCACACAGGCUGAAAGCCGACGACGGGAGAGUCAUCUGCCCCAUCCUCUGGAACUACACCUGCCCCAGCUGUGAAGCCACCGGGGACCUCGCUCACACGCGCCGGUACUGUCCAAAGGAGCGGCGGGGAGAGGCUCCGGAGAGACGGCUGCAGUUCGGCGGACACUGA